GUUGUCAUUUGGCAGCGGAUAGAGGACACGACCAAGAUGGCGGCGGUGUCUGGCUUGGUGCGGAGACCCCUUCGGGAGGUCUCCGGGCUGCUGAAGAGGCGCUUUCACUGGACCGCGCCGGCUGCGCUGCAGGUGACAGUUCGUGAUGCUAUAAAUCAGGGUAUGGAUGAGGAGCUGGAAAGAGAUGAGAAGGUAUUUCUGCUUGGAGAAGAAGUUGCCCAGUAUGAUGGGGCAUACAAGGUUAGUCGAGGGCUGUGGAAGAAAUAUGGAGACAAGAGGAUUAUUGAUACUCCCAUAUCAGAGAUGGGCUUUGCUGGAAUUGCUGUAGGUGCAGCUAUGGCUGGGUUGCGGCCCAUUUGUGAAUUUAUGACCUUCAAUUUCUCCAUGCAAGCCAUUGACCAGGUUAUAAACUCAGCUGCCAAGACCUACUACAUGUCUGGUGGCCUUCAGCCUGUGCCUAUAGUCUUCAGGGGACCCAAUGGUGCCUCAGCAGGUGUAGCUGCCCAGCACUCACAGUGCUUUGCUGCCUGGUAUGGGCACUGCCCAGGCUUAAAGGUGGUCAGCCCCUGGAAUUCAGAGGAUGCUAAAGGACUUAUUAAAUCAGCCAUUCGGGAUAACAAUCCAGUGGUGGUGCUAGAGAAUGAAUUGAUGUAUGGGGUUCCUUUUGAAUUUCCUCCGGAAGCUCAGUCAAAAGAUUUUCUGAUUCCUAUUGGAAAAGCCAAAAUAGAAAGGCAAGGAACACAUAUAACUGUGGUUUCCCAUUCAAGACCUGUGGGCCACUGCUUAGAAGCUGCAGCAGUGCUAUCUAAAGAAGGAGUUGAAUGUGAGGUGAUAAAUAUGCGUACCAUUAGACCAAUGGACAUGGAAACCAUAGAAGCCAGUGUCAUGAAGACAAAUCAUCUCGUAACUGUGGAAGGAGGCUGGCCACAGUUUGGAGUAGGAGCUGAAAUCUGUGCCAGGAUCAUGGAAGGUCCUGCGUUCAAUUUCCUGGAUGCUCCUGCUGUUCGUGUCACUGGUGCUGACGUCCCUAUGCCUUAUGCAAAGAUUCUAGAGGACAACUCUAUACCUCAGGUCAAAGACAUCAUAUUUGCAAUAAAGAAAACAUUAAAUAUUUAGUUUGGACUUGAAUAUCAAGUCGUUGAAAUUUAUUUGAAAUACUUGCUGGCACUGCACCUGGAUUUGUACUGCAAGACCUGACUACUCAUAAAGGAAAACGAUUUCUAAAGCAACAGCAGGUAUUUUUGUACAGGGAAGUUUAAAUGUGUUUGUGUAUGGAAAACUCUCCACUCUCCUGCCCUAGAUGCCAUGCUUCCUUUUGUCUGUUACGGUUGCCAUGUUCUUUGAAUAACAAAUUAUAUAACAUUUUAUCCUCUCUCACCACAAGGACAAAGUAUGGAUGUGGCAGAGUCCUGAUGAAAGAUAUAUCCAAACAAGAUAACUUAUAUGUAUAAAAUUAAAGCAUAUAAU